GCGAUGUCGGACAUCCAGCCCAGCCUCUAGGAAGUUCAACAAACACUACCAUUACCAGACCUCUCAAAAACACACAAUGAGCGAAAUAAAAGCGCCAGAAGCGGCUUCAGCAGAUAGAAAAGCAGCUCCGUCAGAAGAAAAAGACUGGGCGGCCGCUAAAGCGCACUAUGAAAACUUGAAGUCUAAGAAACCGAGACCCCCCAAGCCGAAAUAUGCUGUCACUAUCGCAGUUUCUUCCCGGACAUUGUUUGACUUGACGGCGGAAAGGAAGAUCUUUGAGGAAGAAGGUGUGGAGAAAUAUGUUCAACAUCAGCAGGACAACGAGAACCAGCCCCUCAGUCCAGGAGUUGCCUUUCCUUUCGUCAAAGCACUGAUGACUGUAAACGAGCGUCUGAGGGAACUUUAUCCGGAAAGUGAAGAGCUGUUUGACAUUGUUCUCAUGACCAAUAAUCACGCCCAAGUUGGGGUGCGGCUGAUGAAUAGCAUAAAUCACUACGAUUUGACCAUAGAGCGAUUCUGCAUGACUGGAGGUCAGAGUCCCAUCGGCUACCUCAAAGCCUACAUGACUAACCUGUAUCUCUCCAGAGAUUCCAAGAAAGUCGGGGAGGCCAUCGAGGAAGGUAUCGCAGCAGCCAUCAUGUUUAAGCCUGAUGUGGAGACUAAGCUGUCUGAGACUCAGCUGCGUGUGGCGUUUGAUGGAGACGCUGUGCUCUUCUCGGAUGAGUCUGAGAUCAUAGUGAAACAGCACGGCCUGGACACCUUCUUUGAGCAUGAAAAGCAGUAUGAGAACAAACCACUCGCACAGGGCCCUCUAAAAUGCUUCCUGGAGGCUCUCGGGAAGCUCCAGAAGAAAUUCUAUGCCAAGAACGAGCGUCUGAACUGCCCCAUCCGGACCUUCCUGGUGACAGCCAGAAGUGCAGCCAGCUCUGGGGCCCGUGUGCUGAAGACGCUCAGGAGCUGGGGCCUGGAGAUCGAUGAGGCUUUGUUUCUCGCCGGAGCCCCUAAAGGGCCCCUACUGCAGAAGAUUCGCCCGCACAUAUUUUUUGAUGAUCAGAUGUUCCACAUCGAAGGGGCGAAGGAGAUGGGCACUAUUGCUGCCCACGUGCCAUAUGGCAUCGGACAGAAAUAUAACAAAGGGAAGCUGAUUGAACCAGAAAAGCAGCAGAACUGAAGAAACAUGGUCAAACAGGUCAGCAGGAGUUCAUUAUACAGUUGAGAUAAAGAUGUCUACAUGUUCUUGUAAUGUUUUGGUGCUUUUACCAACAAUGUAGAAAUAUGUUUUCUAGGACAUCCAUAUAUUUUUGCUUGCACAUAAUCAUUGCUAAUGAAUUUUAUUAGCAAUAAUGCAGGAAUAUUAUCUGUAGUUUGUUUGACAAGAGAAAGGGCUACUGUUCUAUCUAUCUAUCUAUCUAUCUAUCUAUCUAUCUAUCUAUCUAUCUAUCUAUCUAUCUAUCUGUCUGUCUGUCUGUCUGUCUGUCUGUCUGUCUGUCUGUCUGUCUGUCUGUCUGUCUAUCUAU